UUAAGAAACAAGAAUGUCUCAAACUGCCGUCCCUGUGAACUCUUCGACAUUUGUCAUCCAGUUUCAACCACCAACACAAACAACAGCAGCUGGAACUGGGACAAAUGCUCCUGUGCCUGUUUAUGUACAACAGCCAGCCGGAGUUUCACCUCUUAAUGGACUUCAGGCAUUUCUGAAAGGCCAACCAAAAGCCCUUGGGACUGUCCAGAUAAUGAUUGGUCUGUUGACUCUCCUGUUGGGAAUCGUGUCUACAGUUCAUGCAGAAUCCAUCUUUGUCUUUAGUGGUAUUCCUUACUGGGGAUCUCUCAUCUACAUUAUCGCAGGCUCACUCUGCAUUGCUGCAGAAAACAAACUGAAUUCACCCUCCAGUUUGUGUUUGGUGAAAGGUUCACUUGGAAUGAAUAUUUUCAGUACUAUAACUGCAGGCAUUUCCUUUAUCAUAAUUUCACUGGAUUUGGUUGUAGGGCCAGUUUACACUUGGUGCAACGAUUAUUCUUGUUAUUAUAUUGAGGACAAGUAUAAGACUCUCUUCUGGGGAAUCAGUGGUAUAUCACUGAUAUUUGCCAUCCUUGAGUUUAUCAUCUCCAUCUUUCUGUCAGCAUUUGCCUGUAAAGUCACCCCCUGUUGUACUCCACAGGUGGCGUUUGUUCCACAAGUUAUAACUCAACAUCCCUGUGAUUUCAGGCCCACUAAUAUCCAUAAUCUUAACAACUCAGAGAUAUCUGUGGUCAGCAACCCUUCAAUGCAUCACCUUCCUGCAGAAAUUCCUCCACAAUACAGUGAAUUAAAUUAAUGAGUAUUAAAACAGUUGAAGUGGGACACAUGAG